AUGAUGCAGCAGCAGCAGGGCUUCUACCGUGUUAAGGUGUACAAGCUCAACGAGACAGGAGGCUGGGACGACAAGGGCACGGGCCUAGUGUCCGUGGGGCCGCUAGAGACGCCCCAUCAGGCUUCGUCCUCGCUGGGGCUGGUGGUUCUGGCUGAGGAUACGCACAAGACGCUGCUGGCGCACAGGAUAUGCACUGAUGACGACAUCUACCAUCGUCAAGAUGAUACGAUCAUUACCUGGACGGACGUGGACGUUGGAACGGACGUUGCGCUUAGCUUCCAGGAGGCAAACGGCUGCCAUGCGAUCUGGCAGCACAUUGCGCGGCUGCAAAACGAGGACGGGCGUCCAGGCGUGCGGCGACGCAUGGUGGACGAGUUCGAAUCCGGGGCGCAGCCUAUGGACGGCGAGUAUGCCGACGGCGCGGAGGGCGGCAUCCAGGGCGUGGUGGAGCUGCCGCCCGCGGAGAUGGGGCGGCUCGAGGAGGUCGCGCAGACGAUGAUGCACGUGCCGCUGAUGCAGCGCGAGCGCGUCGCGCAGCAGCUCAUGGCGCCGGGGUACCUGCGGGCGCUGCUGGACCUCUUCCGGCAAGCCGAGGACCUGGAGGACACUGCCAGCCUGACGGCGCUGUUCCAGACGAUGCGCAGCGCGGUGCUGCUGAACGACACGGCGCUGCUGGAGGAGCUGCUGCGGGAGGAGCACGUGAUGGACGUCAUGGGCGCGCUGGAGCACGACCCGGAGACGCCCGCCGGCGCGCGCGCGCAGCACAGGCAGUUCCUCAAGGUGCGCGCUUCGCGAGGGGCGGCGCCGCCGGCCGCGGCGGGCGCAUGA